AUGAACGCGAGAUCUGCGCUCCGCCGCGCGUCUCGUCCUGAUCCGAGCGCCCCCACCAGCCUCGACGACGUCCUCGGCGAGCCCGGCCUCGCGUGUCUCGUCUUCUCGUUCCUGCCGAACGCGCGCGACCGCCGCAACCUCGCGCGCGUCUGCCGCGUGUUCCACGACGCGUCCACGCGAGUCGCGUCGUUGCCCGCGGCGUUCGACUUCACCGGCGUCACGACACGAUUGGAUGCGCGCGAAUUCUACAAGCAUCUGAUGCGCCACGACGGCGUGCUGGACUUGCCGAAAGAGCGCGUGCACGAGCUUCUCGCGUCGCUGUCGCACCCGUUGCCGAGAAGAACAACAGACGCAGAGACGUCCUCGCAGGGCAACAAGUCCCGCUACUUCUGUGCCAAUGCCGCUUACGUCGGCGAUCUCGAGCUGCUCAAGUGGCUGCGUGAGCACGGGUAUCCUUGGGGCGGUGAUCUAGAUGGCAGCGCAACGUGCUAUCAUGCCGCCCGUGAAGGUCAUCUGCACGUCCUCAAGUGGGCGCGAGCGAACGGAGCUCCGUGGAACGAGAGGACUUGCACCGGGGCUGCGGCUGGCGGCCACCUCGAGAUGUUGCAGUGGGCGCGCGCGAACGGCUGUCCGUGGGACGAGUGGACUUGCUACUGUGCCGCGGAUGGCGGCCACCUGGAGGUGCUGCAGUGGGCGCGCGCGAACAGCGCUCCGUGGGACGAGAACACUUGCGCCAGUGCCGCGGGUGGCGGUCACCUCGAGAUGUUGCAGUGGGCGCGCGCGAACGGCUGUCCGUGGGACGAGAGGACUUGCGACGGGGCUGCGGCUGGCGGCCACCUGGAGGUGCUGCAGUGGGCGCGCGCGAACGGCUGUCCGUGGGACGAGUGGACUUGCGCCAGUGCCGCGGGUGGCGGUCACCUCGAGAUGUUGCAGUGGGCGCGCGCGAACAGCGCUCCGUGGGACGAGAACACUUGCGACGGGGCUGCGGCUGGCGGCCACCUGGAGGUGCUGCAGUGGGCGCGCGCGAACGGUGCUCCGUGGAACGAGAACACUUGCAGGGACGCCGCGGAAGGCGGCCACCUGGAGGUGCUGCAGUGGGCGCGCGCGAACGGCUGCCCGUGGGACGAGACGACUUGCGCCCUUGCCGCGAUUGGCGGCCACCUGGAGGUGCUGCAGUGGGCGCGCGCGAACGGCUGUCCGUGGGACGAGAACACUUGCGCCUAUGCCGCGAAUGACGGCCACCUGGAGGUGCUGCAGUGGGCGCGCGCGAACGGCGCUCCGUGGGACGAGUGGACUUGCGCCGGUGCCGCGAAAGGCGGCCACCUGGAGGUGCUCCAGUGGGCGCGUGCGAACGGCUGGCCGUGGGACGAGAGAACUUGCUCUUGGGCCGCGGACGGCGGCCACCUGGAGGUGCUCCAGUGGGCGCGCGCGAACGGCUGUCCGUGGGACGAGAUGACUUGCGUCUGUGCCGCGAAAGGCGGCCACCUGGAGGUGCUCCAGUGGGCGCGCGCGAACGGCUGUCCGUGGGACGAGUGGACUUGCGCCGGUGCCGCGGGUGGCGGUCACCUCGAGAUGUUGCAGUGGGCGCGCGCGAACAGCGCUCCGUGGGACGAGAACACUUGCGACGGGGCUGCGGCUGGCGGCCACCUGGAGGUGCUGCAGUGGGCGCGCGCGAACGGUGCUCCGUGGAACGAGAACACUUGCAGGGACGCCGCGGAAGGCGGCCACCUGGAGGUGCUGCAGUGGGCGCGCGCGAACAGCUGCCCGUGGGACGAGACGACUUGCGCCCUUGCCGCGAUUGGCGGCCACCUGGAGGUGCUGCAGUGGGCGCGCGCGAACGGCUGUCCGUGGGACGAGAACACUUGCGCCUAUGCCGCGAAUGACGGCCACCUGGAGGUGCUGCAGUGGGCGCGCGCGAACGGCGCUCCGUGGGACGAGUGGACUUGCGCCGGUGCCGCGAAAGGCGGCCACCUGGAGGUGCUCCAGUGGGCGCGUGCGAACGGCUGGCCGUGGGACGAGAGAACUUGCUCUUGGGCCGCGGACGGCGGCCACCUGGAGGUGCUCCAGUGGGCGCGCGCGAACGGCUGUCCGUGGGACGAGAUGACUUGCGUCUGUGCCGCGAAAGGCGGCCACCUGGAGGUGCUCCAGUGGGCGCGCGCGAACGGCUGUCCGUGGGACGAGUGGACUUGCGCCAGUGCCGCGGGUGGCGGUCACCUCGAGAUGUUGCAGUGGGCGCGCGCGAACAGCGCUCCGUGGGACGAGAACACUUGCGACGGGGCUGCGGCUGGCGGCCACCUGGAGGUGCUGCAGUGGGCGCGCGCGAACGGUGCUCCGUGGAACGAGAACACUUGCAGGGACGCCGCGGAAGGCGGCCACCUGGAGGUGCUGCAGUGGGCGCGCGCGAACGGCUGCCCGUGGGACGAGACGACUUGCGCCCUUGCCGCGGACGGCGGCCACCUGGAGGUGCUCCAGUGGGCGCGCGCGAACGGCUGUCCGUGGGACGAGAUGACUUGCGUCUGUGCCGCGAAAGGCGGCCACCUGGAGGUGCUCCAGUGGGCGCGCGCGAACGGCGCUCCGUGGGACGAGCUGACUUGCGCCGGUGCCGCGAAAGGCGGCCACCUGGAGGUGCUCCAGUGGGCGCGUGCGAACGGCUGGCCGUGGGACGAGAGAACUUGCUCUUGGGCCGCGGACGGCGGCCACCUGGAGGUGCUCCAGUGGGCGCGCGCGAACGGCUGUCCGUGGGACGAGAUGACUUGCGUCUGUGCCGCGAAAGGCGGCCACCUGGAGGUGCUCCAGUGGGCGCGCGCGAACGGCUGUCCGUGGGACGAGUGGACUUGCGCCAGUGCCGCGGGUGGCGGUCACCUCGAGAUGUUGCAGUGGGCGCGCGCGAACAGCGCUCCGUGGGACGAGAACACUUGCGACGGGGCUGCGGCUGGCGGCCACCUGGAGGUGCUGCAGUGGGCGCGCGCGAACGGUGCUCCGUGGAACGAGAACACUUGCAGGGACGCCGCGGAAGGCGGCCACCUGGAGGUGCUGCAGUGGGCGCGCGCGAACGGCUGCCCGUGGGACGAGACGACUUGCGCCCUUGCCGCGGACGGCGGCCACCUGGAGGUGCUCCAGUGGGCGCGCGCGAACGGCUGUCCGUGGGACGAGAUGACUUGCGUCUGUGCCGCGAAAGGCGGCCACCUGGAGGUGCUCCAGUGGGCGCGCGCGAACGGCGCUCCGUGGGACGAGCUGACUUGCGCCGGUGCCGCGAAAGGCGGCCACCUGGAGGUGCUCCAGUGGGCGCGUGCGAACGGCUGGCCGUGGGACGAGAGAACUUGCUCUUGGGCCGCGGACGGCGGCCACCUGGAGGUGCUCCAGUGGGCGCGCGCGAACGGCUGUCCGUGGGACGAGAUGACUUGCGUCUGUGCCGAGAGAGAACGUAACCUGGAGGUGCUACAGUGGGCGCGAGCGAACGGCGCUCCGUGA